UAUAAGAGCAAAGACUUCUAAACAUUUACUAAAGCAUUUUCUGAAUCAGGGACUUUUUUUUGUAAUUACUUCACUAAAAUAAUAAAAUAUGGCAUUGGUAAAGCCAAAAUCUGAACUGACGCCGGAAGAAUUAGCGCGCCAAGAGGAGGAAGAAUUUAAUACGGGGCCGCUCUCUGUUUUAACGCAGUCAGUGAAAAAUAAUACACAAGUUUUAAUAAAUUGUCGCAAUAAUAAAAAAUUGUUGGGGCGGGUUAAGGCUUUUGAUCGCCACUGUAAUAUGGUACUCGAAAAUGUUAAAGAGAUGUGGACUGAACUACCGCGCACAGGUAAAGGCAAAAAGAAAGUGAAACCGGUGAACAAGGAUCGUUUUAUAUCGAAGAUGUUCUUACGCGGAGAUUCGGUAAUAUUGGUACUGCGCAAUCCUUUAGCAACAGCUGCGGGUAAAUAAAACCACCGAUGCGAGUAAAUGCAGUAUGUAAUCCCGAGCAUCUAACAGUGGAAACCAACUAUCAAGCCGUUUUAAAUUGUACGCGAAGAUGAAAUUUAUUAAAAAAGAUGAUAACAGUUGAGAGUUUCUAAAGUUUUUAUUAAAGUGUAUUAACGGUUGCUCUCCAAUUAAAAGAAAGAAAUUGCCAUUUAUAGGUAAGCCCAAGUUGUGUUUUUUGCAAGUGUAAAUGCGCUGAAAUAAUCUGGCCGUUACCGGAAUUACUAGACACAUAAGUUUUGUUUUUUACUAAUUUAUGCGGUUGUUUAUACAAAACGGUAUGGACGCAUAGCGGUGUCAUCCAGUGUGUUUAGGUGGCACUGGGCCGAUAUAAUCUACGACGACAACUAUCUGAUCGCAAGGUAUGUUAGUGACGAGCCAAUACCGGUAAUUACGGAACCGCGGAGAAAAACGGCCAGUCGUCAUCCCAUUCAAUUUGGAAAAAAAUUCCGAGCCUAAGUUGUACUUUAGAGCUGAUUUAACAGCGCGAAAAUCCGGUCUCUGGCGGGUUAGAUACAUGCUUUUCAUUGAAUGCUAUUUUUUGGGACUGUUUAUAAUGGCGGAGUUCGCGGAUCGGAAGUCUUAAUUGCGCACCUCUUCCAGCUUUUACGUUCUAGUCGUAGAUUGCCUAUGAAUUAACAGAAAAACCUUGUUUGUAAUUGUUUUCAAAAUUGGAAAACUUCAUACUGCUUCGAUGUAAUAAUUGAAGGUCUUUUCCCACGUAAAAAGUUGUUUUUUAAUUU